AAACUUCUAAGGAAAUAUGUGACCAGAUAAAGUCAUCACCUUCAGGACCACAAUGCCGGGUAGGGCCAGGACUCGCGCCCGAGGCAGAGCCCGCCGCAGGGAGAGCUACCAACAAGAGGCACCUGGCGGACCCGGAGCACCUGGAUCAGCUACAAUCCAGGAGCCCACUCAGUUGCAGCGGACACCCAGGCCACUGCGGGAGGAAGUCCCAGUGGUUAGACCUGUGCAGCCAAGAGGAGCAGGAGGAGCAGCACAGUCUCAAGGAGUGAAGGAACCUGGACCUGAGGCUGGGUUGCAUACAGCGCCCUUGCAGGAGAGGAGGAUCGGUGGAGUUUUUCAGGACCUGGUGGUGAACACCAGGCGAUAUAUGAUGCAUGUUAAAGACUCAAAAACAGGUUCAGAGGGUACAGUGGUACAGCUACUCGCCAACCACUUCCGAGUGAUUUCUCGUCCUCAGUGGGUUGCAUAUAAAUACAACGUUGACUACAGACCAGAUAUAGAAGAUGGAAAUCUCCGUACAAUUUUACUUGAUCAACAUAGAAGGAAAUUUGGAGAGUGCCAUAUAUUUGAUGGAAACUCUUUGUUGUUAUCUCGGCCACUAAAAGAGCGGAGAGUGGAAUGGUUGAGCAUGACCAAAGACAAAAAAUUUGUGAAGAUUACAGUUGAGUUUUCCAAAGAAAUCAGGCCCACGUCGCCAGAUUGCCUACGCUAUUACAACAUUCUCUUUAGAAGAACUUUCAAGCUGCUGGAUUUUGAGCAAGUUGGUCGCAACUAUUAUACCAAAAAGAAGGCAAUUCAGUUGUACCGUCAUGGUACCAGUUUGGAAAUCUGGCUUGGUUAUGUGACUUCUAUUCUUCAAUACGAAAACGGCAUUACCCUCUGUGCCGAUGUGAGCCACAAACUGCUCCGAAUAGAAACUGCUUAUGAUUUCAUAAAGAGAACAUCUGCCGAGGCCCAGACAGGAAACAUCCGAGAGGAAGUAACUAAUAAAUUAAUUGGAUCAAUUGUUCUGACAAAAUACAACAACAAAACCUACAGAGUGGAUGAUAUUGAUUGGAAGCAGAAUCCUGAAGACACAUUUAACAGAUCAGAUGGCAGCAAAAUCACCUAUAUAGACUACUACAGGCAGCAACAUAAAGAAAUUGUCACUGUGAAGAAACAGCCACUUUUGGUCAGCCAGGGCAGAUGGAAAAAGGGCCUAACGGGUACACAACGUGAGCCUAUCCUGCUGAUUCCUCAGCUGUGCUCCAUGACAGGUCUAACAGAUGAAAUACGUAAAGAUUAUAGCACUAUGAAAGAAUUGGCUAAACAUACAAGACUGAGUCCAAGAAGAAGGCAUCACACAUUAAAAGAAUUCAUCAAUACUAUACAAGAUAAUAAAAAAGUACGAGACUUACUUCAACUCUGGGAUUUGAAAUUUGAUACCAACUUUUUGUCCGUCUCAGGAAGAGUUUUGAAAAAUGCAAACAUCGUGCAAGGCAGAAGAAUGGUUAAAGCCAAUUCACAAGGAGACUGGUCAAGAGAAAUAAGAGAAUUACCGUUACUUAAUGCAAUGCCGCUACAUAGUUGGCUCAUACUCCAUAGUAGGAGCAGUCACAGGGAAGCCAUGUCCUUAAAGAGUCAUCUACAGAGUGUCACAGCCCCCAUGGGCAUAACUAUGAAACCAGCAGAAAUGAUUGAAGUAGAUGGGGAUGCUAACUCCUAUAUAGACACAUUAGGGAAAUAUACCAGACCAACACUGCAGAUGGUGAUUUGUAUCCUGCCCAAUGAUGACAAACACAGAUAUGACAGUAUAAAAAGAUACCUAUGUACCAAAUGUCCGAUUCCAAGCCAAUGUGUAGUGAAAAAGACCUUAGAAAAAGUCCAGGCAAGAACCAUUGUCACCAAGAUUGCCCAGCAGAUGAAUUGCAAGAUGGGAGGAGCCCUCUGGAAGGUGGAGACUGAUGUACAAAGAACAAUGUUCGUUGGCAUUGAUUGUUUCCACGAUAUCGUAAAUCGACAGAAAUCAAUAGCAGGAUUUGUGGCAAGUACCAAUGCUGAAUUAACAAAGUGGUACUCUCAAUGUGUCAUCCAGAAAACAGGAGAAGAGCUUGUGAAAGAGCUGCAGACCUGCUUGAAAGCUGCCCUGGAUGUCUGGUGUAAAAACGAAUCAUCGAUGCCACAUUCUAUUAUUGUGUAUCGGGACGGAGUGGGAGAUGGUCAGCUUCAAGCAUUGCUUGACCAUGAAGCGAAAAAGAUGUCGACCUACUUAAAAACCCUCUCUCCUAACAAUUUCACUCUAGCUUUCAUUGUGGUGAAGAAACGAAUAAACACUAGAUUUUUUCUUAAGCGUGGAAGCGAUUUUCAAAAUCCACCUCCAGGAACAGUUAUUGACAUAGAGUUGACUAGGAAUGAAUGGUAUGACUUUUUUAUUGUGAGUCAGUCUGUGCAAGAUGGAACUGUUACCCCCACUCAUUAUAAUGUCAUCUAUGACACGAUUGGCUUGAGCCCAAAUACAGUACAGCGUUUAACAUACUGUCUAUGCCACAUGUAUUAUAAUUUGCCAGGCAUCAUUCGCGUUCCAGCGCCUUGCCACUAUGCCCACAAGCUGGCUUACCUCGUGGGACAGUCCAUUCACCAGGAACCGAAUCGUUCCCUGUCAACCCGUCUUUUACCUUUGACCUGCAGAGGAAGACCUGAUGUGAUACUGAAACCACAAUGUAUUCUGGAAGGGGCCAUUGAGUGA